CCGAUCUCGUCAAGGAUCUCCUAAUUUUAUUUCGUACAGAAACUUUACGAAGUUGUGAGCCUCUGUCCACUUCAUCUGAUUGGUGGUCGUCACUGGCAGCCCCUCCAUCCGUUUGAGUUGCUCGCUCUUUUUAAACGCUGAUCCGCUUCUGGGCAGGAGGACCACAAACUGACUGACUUUUUUUUUCUUCUUUUUUUUGGUUGCUCUACUUACUUUAUCGGCCAAUCAGGAAGUGAGAGGCGACAGCGUUUCUUGAUGGCAUUCAACGUGUAACCUGCGUGUGCAGACAGCGGCGACAUUUAAGGAAGUGCACAGCAGCAUCAAGUCGACCAACCGACCUACCAAACUUAAGAAGAGAAGCAGGAGCGGCCAUGGGGACCGGCGGGCAGCGCCACCUCCUCCUCAUCACUGCCUGCCUCGUCGCGUGUUGCGCUGGUGUUUGUGGCCUUUCGUCCCAAGCUGCCAACGUGCUGAGCUUCACCAUCCAGCCGGGCUCACUUAAGCCCAUCAAUACGACGGACUCGGGGGUGCAGAGAGCCGUGAAGGUGGCCACCUACGAAUACAACAACCGGUCAAACGACGAGUUCAUCUUCAGGGCUUCAGAGGUCGACGAGGCGGAAAUCCAGGUGGUUAAAGGAGUGAAGUACUUCCUGGCUGUGAAGAUAAGUCGCACGGUGUGCCACAAGCGGGACCGUCCUGACCUGGACAAUUGUGACUUCCAGCCAGAUGGACGGCUCAAACAGACUUUCAGAUGCCAUUUUGAGGUCUGGGUGAUCCCGUGGCAGCACUGGAUUAAAACCACAGCCCUCCUGUGCCACUAGACGACACUGACCUCCUCGUCACUUUGGGAUCGUCACAGCACCAAAACGACUGGCAGUUGUGUUUGGGCAAGAAACGAGGGAAGGGUUUGAAACAAAGAGAAAUAUGCAGUUUUCAUAAAGUUCUGGGAAUACGGAGAAUAAAACCCACAUUAUAUGAAUUGUUAAAAAAAAAAGGGAGAAAAGCAAACCUGUGUUGUGAUUUCUAAAUGUAACGUGUCUGUGCAGCGCCAUGGGAUGGGGACAGAAGAGGAGCCGAUCGGCCAUCUUGUGCUUUCACAGCCGAUUAGACUACUCAGCGCGUCUCUGCUGGCCUCUGGUCAGUCUUUAUAUGGCUCCUUACCACCGGCAGCUGGCCAAGUGCUUUACUAAAUGGCCGUGACGGGACAGAUUUUAUAUAGCGCCUUUCACAUGUGAGUGCCACCUCGAGGUCAUUUGGACGCGGUGGCCCACACUUUAGAUAUGAUUCCAUGCACAGGUUUGGACUCCCCAAGUUAAACACUAAAUAGGAUUUUGACCACAAAACCAACUUAAACCCCUGGCAUUUUAAUGAAAGCCCUGA